UACGUAGCUCUCAAUAGCUCGCUCUCUUGCUUUUUCGGGCUUUAAUUUGGAGUCGCCCAACAAAUUCCAAAUUCCACACAAAAUUCUAGACAACACGCAGAGAGAGAGAGGGAGGUCUUGGAUUCCUUCUCCCUCACCCCCAUCCCUUAUCCAACUUAUACCUACAUACCUACUUAUCUAUCUACCUACCUGCCUCACCUCUCUUCCACCACCUAACUUUUGGUGGCAGAGGCAGCCCGACUGAAAGCUCGGCCUGGCUGUCGUCGCUGCGUGAAGCAGAUCUGUGCCAUACCUACCUAUCUUCAACAUGGCUGGCUUGACCUUCAAAGUCACUAAUCGCUCUCGGAAGGGCCUCAGGGGCCUGCCGCCCUCCCUCGAGCUGCCUGCCGAGGCUACCGUCGAGGACGCCAAGGUUGCCAUCGCCCGAGCCGCCGAGGUCCGGGACCACAAUCGCAUCGGCAUCUUCGACCCCGUCUCCAAGAAGACCCUCAAGGACCGCAACACCCAGCUGCGCGAGCAUCCCGAGGUCAUCAAGCAUGGCGAGCUGCUGGUCAAGGACCUGGGCCCCCAGAUUAACUGGCGCUCCGUGUACGUGAUCGAGUACCUCGGGCCUCUGCUCUUCCACCCGCUCUUCUACGGCCUGCGGGCGCACAUAUACCCGGCCGUCUACCCCUACGUCAAGGACUUCGUGCCGCUGCCCAGCAGCAGCAGCUCCGGCGAGCUCUCCUUCGCCCAGCAGGCCGCCUUCGCCAUGAUCACGGCCCACUUCGUCAAGCGCGAGCUCGAGACGCUCUUCCUGCACAAGUUCUCCGCCAGCACGAUGCCCUUCGCCUACGUCUUCCGCAACUCCUUCUUCUACUGGGUCUUCGCCGGCCUCCUCGGCGCCCUCGAGGUGUACGCCCCCUUCUCCCCCUCCGCCCGGGUCCCCACCGUCGCGCCGCCCGUCCCGCCCUUCUCCGCCCCCCUCUCCGACGUCCUCCCCCCCUUCCUCGCCUCCCUCACCCCCGCCGACUAUGUCACCUAUCUCGGCAUCGCCCUCUUCGCCGUCGGCGAGAUCGCCAACUUCGACGUCCACUACUACCUCGCCCACCUGCGCAAGCCGGGAGAGACGGCCCGCAAGAUCCCCCGCGGCCACGGCUUCGGCCUCGUCACCUGCCCCAACUACAUGUUCGAGAUCAUCGCCUGGGCCGGCAUCAUUCUCGUCACCCGCAGCCCCGCCCUCCUCUUCUUCAUCACCAUCGGGUCCUACUUCAUGUACACCUGGGGCUGGGGCAAGGAGAAGGCCUACCGCAAGCAGUUCGGCGACAAGUACAAGAAGAAGCGCCACGUCAUCCUCCCCGGUCUCCUAUGAGCCGUGCCCCUUUCCCCCGGGUAUAAACCUUUUGCGAGGGGAAGCACCGAAACUAUACGAUACGCGUCGUAUAUAUACGACCCGGGAGACGCUUUAAGUGCUGCAUUAUGAACAUGAAGAGAUGAGGCG